UAUAUCAAAUCCAAUUUUCAACCAAAAGCCAACCAAAAUCAGCGGAGAAACUUUCUUUUUUUCAUUUCUUCCUUUUCUUCUUUCCUAGUCUUCAGAUUUUAUACUUCACCUUUCUCCUUCUUAGUCGUAACAUAUAAUUAUUAAAAAAAAACACUAGUCAAAAGAGGAACUCUGUUAUCGGAAAAAUGGCGGAGGAUUCAUACGACGAAGAAUGCGACUACCUGUUCAAAGCGGUUCUGAUCGGAGACUCAGCCGUCGGAAAAUCAAACCUCUUGUCAAGAUUUUCCAAAGACGAGUUCCGGUUCGACUCUAAACCAACCAUAGGAGUUGAAUUCGCUUACCGGAAUGUUCAAGUCGGAGAUAAAAUCAUCAAAGCUCAGAUUUGGGACACCGCAGGUCAAGAAAGAUUUAGAGCAAUUACAAGCUCUUACUACCGUGGAGCAUUAGGAGCAUUGCUGAUUUACGACGUCACAAGACGAACAACUUUCGAAAACAUCAAGAAAUGGCUUUUUGAGCUCAGAGAGUUCGCCAAUCCUGACAUCGUCGUUGUCCUCGUCGGCAAUAAAUCCGAUCUCCGACAAUCGAGAGAAGUCGAAGAAGCUGAGGGUAAGACUCUCGCUGAAGCAGAAGGUCUUUAUUUCCUCGAGACUUCGGCUUUAGAGAACGUUAACGUCGAAGAAGCUUUUCUCGUGAUGAUCGGACGGAUACAUGAGGUUGUGAGCCAGAGGAUCGCUUUGGACAAUAAAUCCAACGGCGUUGCAACAGCUCACGUUAACGGUAACGGUACGGUUCUUCCCGCCGGUAAAGAGAUUGUGAAUAUCCACGAAGUAACUGCUACUCAACCACUAAGCUCUACUCGCAAUUGUUGUUUCCAGUAAAUAGUUAAUGUAUUUUUCUGUGUUUUUUUGGGUUAUUGUUUUGGA